AUGGCUGAAAAGUGGCCCUGCCCCGCCUGCACCUUCCUCAACGAGGCGACGUACGCCAAUUGCGACGUCUGCCAGGAGCCGCGGCAGAAGGCGGCGCGGCGCCCGCCGCCGCCGAAGCGGCCGGCGCCGCCGGCCCCGGCGCCGCGCACCGAGAAGCGGCGGCGGCGCGUCGUCGAGACGCCGUCGGACGACGAGUCCGACGGCGAGGUCCUGGCCGCGCCGCCGCGGACGGUAAAACAACCACCAGCACCGCCGCGGCGCGUCUCGCCGGACACGAUCGCCGGCGCGCCGGCGCCCGCGCCGGCGCGGCCGGACGCCGCGGCGCUGCGGAACGAGUGGCGGCGACUCUGCGACAAGCCGGCAAAUGGCGUCUUCUCGCUGAGCGCCGUCGCGGGCGCGUCGGACGACGAGAGCGAGAGCGAGGGCGACGCGCCGGCCGGCGUCUUCUCGCUGGCCCAGGUCGCGGCCUCGGACAGCGACGACGACGGCGCGCCGCCGGCCGGGCGCUUCGACGCCUGGGCGCGGCCUCCGUCCCAGGACUCGGUCGAGCCGGUCGACGGCGACGCCGCGCGGCGGCGCCAGGAGGAGGCCGACGCCGCGCUCGCGCGGCGCCUGCAGGCCGAGGAGGAGGAGGACGAGGCGCCUCCGCCGUCGCCGCCGCCGACGCGCGCGCGCCGGCGCCGCGCCAUUGAGAGCAGCGACGACGACGCGCCCGCGGCCCCACCGCCGCGCCGGCGCCGCGCUAUUGAGAGCAGCGACUCCGACGACGGCGCGCCCGCGGUCCCACCUCGCCGGCGCCGCGCCAUCGCCGAAAGUUCAGACGACGACGGCGACGACGGCUUCGCGCGCGACGUCCUCGAGGACGAGGGCGACGACGAGGAGCGGUUCGGCGUCUUCGCGGGCGCGCCCAUCGUCGUCGUCGACUCGAGCCAGGACGACGACCGGCCCGACGCUGAUGACGACGACGACGACGUCGUGGACCUGACGACGGACGACCCGCCGCCCCGGCGCAACAACGACCGGUACGACGAGUCCGACAUCGAGGACUGGUCCGACGAUGAUGGUGGUGUGAUUGACCACGCGGCGGACACGUCAGGCGCACUAGCAGACCUCUCGGACACGUUCCGCUCGGUGCGGUGGCUCAGCAAGAGCCGGCGCAUGCAUUUGGACUUCAAUGACCUGCUCGUCGACAACAAGCAGAUCCAGGGGGGCCUCAAGCGGCUCCAGACCGCGCGCGAGAAGCGAAAGAAGGAGGGGCCGAAGAAGAAGACGUAUAGGAAGAAGGGCGGCGGGCGCAAACGGCGCUAG